AUGCAGAGCCUUGAGGCAUCGGGCCCCGAUGCGCUCGCUGGCCUUCCCUCUACGCUGAGAACGGUGAUAGGCGGCAGCCCGACGUCACCGCUCGGGCUCGCCGUCACUGAGACCGUCCCAACCGUGGUCCAAACCGCAUCCUCCCUGUCUCGACAACAGAUACAAGAGAAUUUACAGCAUGUCAUUUCAAGUCUUUCCUCCGACGAUGGUGGUGAACGCCUUCUUGCCGCCGGUGGCAACUCGUCCGGCUCGACCGGGAAAGGCAUCUUAAUCGGUAUUCUCUCUGCUUUUGGCUCGGCGGCUGUUGCAUUCAUCGUCCUUGCGAUUUUCUUUUUCUUCAAAUAUACUCGCCGCGGGCGCAUAAUGCUCGACCGCAUUGGUCGUCCGGGUGAAUAUGAUGACGAACAAGCAUUUGCGCGCGAAGAGGAGGCAGCGUUGGAGACGAUGGAUGAUCUGACACGGUCAGAAUACCUGCGAGCAAAAGCAUUUGUCCAAGCCAAUCCCCCAGAGUCCAUGCAAACCGAUAUCUCGUUAUCACAGUUCCUUGCCAUCCAAGAGAAGGGCGUCUCCGCAUGGGAAUUUCAGCCCGAACUCGAAAUCGCCAACUGUUUCGUGGAAGGUCGUACAGAGAUCGAGUUUUUCGAUUCUGAAUGUAGUGUCCAGACCAAUCUGCCCAUUCCCAAGCAGAAUGAGGUCUACUACUGGGAAGCCAAGAUCUACGAUAAGCCCGAGUCCACAAUGAUUGGUGUCGGUCUUACCACCAAGCCAUAUCCUCUUUUCCGAAUGCCUGGCUUCCACAAAACCUCCGUUGCCUAUCAAUCAUCUGGCCAUCGCCGACACAACCAGCCAUUCAUCCCGACUUCAUAUGGUCCUCCACUUCUCCAAGGCGAUGUGAUCGGCGUCGGUUACCGCCCGCGAUCAGGUACAAUAUUCUUUACCCGCAACGGCAAGAAGCUUGAAGAUGUCGUCCACAACUACCGCACUCAAAACCUGUUCCCCACGGUUGGCGCCAACGGUCCCUGCAGCGUCCACGUUAAUUUCGGCCAAAUGGGGUUUGUGUUCAUUGAGGCUAAUGUGAAGAAAUGGGGUCUGGCCCCCAUGACGGGCAGCCUCGCACCGCCGCCACCGUAUGGAAGCGAGCAAGGCAGUAUUUUGUUGGAGUCAGGCCGAGAAAGCGCGGCUCAGAUUUCACAGCGGGUCUAUCAGACUCACACUGCAAGAAGCUCCAGUGUCGGGAUUUCGCCGGCGGUCAGCCCCGGUCCAAUUCGAUCGCCAACCGAUAUCUCCCUUGCUCAACUCGCUCAUAUUCCUUCUAACGAAGAUGCUGGCGAGGGCUCCAGCCGUAUUGCGGUCGACGAAGCUCCCUUGCCUGGGGAGCCAGAUGAGCAUGGGAUUCUUCCUCCAGAGUAUUCCAGCCCGGGAAGCAGCCGCAGAGGAAGCGAUGCGUCUUUAGAAUUUCCCCCAUCUCGUGCCUCUGCACAAGCCAGGCCCCCUCCGGAUAACUCGGCCGAGCCGGACUCUCAAAACUUGCCGAGUUAUCAAGCCGUGAUUGAUCGAGAAUUGAAUGAUUAUCAUUAA